GAGCAAUGAACAAGUGCGUUUGUGUUGUUUUCAGCCCCAACUCAAUCGAUGGCAACUCAUGCAGAAAAUGCAACUUCGGUCGUGUUCCUGUCCAAGUUCAAAAGGCACAGAAGAAACAAAAUUCCUCGAAAUACAAAGACGCUUCUACUUCACCAAAGUCUAACAGCCCACUUCGUACCCUGGAACCCAAAAGCCCUCGAAGCCCCCGAAGCCCACGGGCGGAAGCAUCCACUGAUACGAAAUUUGAUUUUCCAUGCUCUCCGAAAACAGAAAGCCACUAUAAGCGGCUGUCAACUUUGAGCAUCAACGCCGGUAACAAAAGCGUGGCAACCAGUCCUAUGCCAAUCUCGAAACUGAGCCCAAACAAGUUGACCCCGGUGAAGAGCGAUCGGGUGUUGGAAAAGUCUAACUCUCUGGGAGAAAGUAAACCGCAAAAGCUACUCCGCACAACGCGUAGCCUAUCACCUAGGCCCCCGGUGAAACAUCAGCACUCUAUUAUGGUGUCGGAUGAAAACGAUAUCGUUUCUGUGAAGCUGUCCCCUAAUGAAGAGUACGAUGAAAUCAGAGAAAAAGAAAAGAAACAGGAUGAGGUCGAUCGUGCAUCUCCGCUGGACACGGGAAAUGAUAAAACUGCAUCGCCCAAUUUGUCCGAUUGUGGAAGCUUGCAGCUCGACGAUGGUAAAUUGAAAAGUGCUAACAAUCGGAGCACUAGUUGUCUGAUAUACGUUCCAUCUGAUCCGUGGACUAGAAUGUCUGCCAGUAACUCCCCUAGCCCAACCACAAAGAAGGAACACAAAUCGAAGAAACUAGAGAACAAAUCAUUCAGCAGGCCAGAUUUGGAGCAGCUUGAAGAUACCAAUCCUUGGGUGUGGCGUUCCAACAUUACUUUGAACGGACACAAUUUGCGGAAAAAAGGUUCACUUCCACAUCAGACCAAAUCACUGGGCAACGCACUCGGAAGUCGGGAUGAAUUGUUGGAAUCAAGACAAACGCGUCUAUGUCAACAACGUUCGCUGACCCGGUUCGACAAAACUCUUACUAUCCCAGGAAUUGAUAUGAAUUUCGAUGCUCGCAAGAAAAUCACUAGACCGAAACUGCAGCGCUCUAAAUCGCCUGCGUUCUAUGAAGAAUUCUUCCAAGCGGAAACGGAAAAGACUCUCAACAAAAGCAAAUCGGUAUCAUCGUCGAAAAUAGCAAAAAAUGCCAGCAACUCGAACAUUAACAUUAACGGAUUCAAGUGUUCCUGCUGUGAGAGUAACUCUCUCAGUCGCUUCAGCAACGGUAACAAUGCACAACACAAAUGUGAACAUUCGAUCAUUCACAAAUCUACGACGAGUAUCACGUCUCCUACAGCCAAGAAGCAACCUUCGCCGAAGUUGAGCAUCCCCCAGUCCCCGAAGCCAAAACAGCAGUCAUCUCCGCAGCAGCAACAGACAAACCAGCCUGAACUAGUUAAAACAUCCCUAAUCGUACUGAAUCCCAACCUGCUGCAGCCACGGCACAGUUUUUCCACACCACCCUCCUCACAGAAAGAAGAAGAGCUGCAGCUAAACAUACGGCGACUAAGCGAACAGAUGAACAAGUACAACAGUUCCAGCUAUUUCAGCCAGACGACGUCGCCCAGUUUUAUGAACGAUACCAUUCCGCUGGAGAAAAAGAAAGCGGCCAGCGGCGGGUUGGUCACUGUUUCGAAUACCGCAGGAACGGCAACCGAUUCACAGAAACGUGCCUCGUCGCAUUCUCAAAUCAACGAACCCAUACUGGAGACAAGAUGCUAAGUGGCGCAUAUCUACACAAUGGUGAGAAAUGUUUGAGUUCAAUGCUUGAGUUGUUGAUUUCUGUGAUUUGAGUGUCGAAUGGCUAGAGAUUAGAGAAAGAUGUUCUAAACUUCUAGCAAGCAUAGCUAGUCAAAAUUAUGAAUAAUACUGUCUAUAUAAAGUGAUGUUCCAUUUUGCCGUGCGUGAAAACACAACUAGAGUACACACAUUCAUAGGUGUACGGAAUUUUUGUGUGGUGUUUAGGGUAGAUAGCAAAACAAACAAUCAUUAGAACGGGAAAGUUGAUUUCGUAUGAAUUAUAGAUUCGCUGCAUCUUGAGUUGCGAACUGCAGCAGGACACUUUGACCGGAGAGAAAUUCUAAAUUUAGAUAAGAGCUAACGAUAACCGAUUCAGCGGUGCACGGAAUAGUAGUGGAACAACCAACAGCGUUCGAUUUACUUUGCCAACCAAUUGUAAAAAUAUUAGUUUAAAGGACAGGUAAUUCGACGGCUACAUAAUCAAUAGGGCAGUCGUCAUAACGUAAGGACAAUGCCAUACAGUAAUAAUGGGAGUAUUCACAUUUAAACAAUUAAUAACAGAACAGAAACAUUUCUCUUUCAACCAGUUGUGAAAAUUGUAACAAAAUAGUUUAUGACUCAUUUUGUAUUUCCCGGGUUCUUCAAAUUACGAACAUAUAAUAACACGGAAAAACCACCCUAAGAAACAACCAACCAAAAUGACACCCCAUACAGAUAACAUUUUUGAAGUGUUCUAGUUAAAUAUCCACAUCAAAAUAAACACACAAGACACACGUAAACUGCCAAUGAUUAAAUGAAAUGGAAUUAUUUUAUUCGAUCUAAUUGUAAAGACUUCACAUACAAGUGUUUCCAUUGUAACGAAUGGUACGAUCGAGAGAGAGAGAGAGAGAGAGAGAGAGAGAGAGAGAGAGAGAGAGAGAGAUUGUAGAAUGGAUCGAAGCCCGCUGCAUCAGUGGGUGAAACAUUUACACUCGAAUAGGUUAAGCAAGAUGCAAGGAACAAAAGCAUUGGUAAGGGAAAAGGACUGUCGAAGAAUGGAUGCCAUGAGGCCAACCUUUGUACAUGAUUCAUCAUUCUGGCUUAUAGUCAACCAAUUCAAAAAGCUAGGUUUAGGCAUACGAUAAAAAAAGUCUUAGUUAAUGAAAAGAAAUUUGAUUGGAUUUUAAUCGACAAAAGCAUACAGCAAGAUAAAUGAAUAUUAAUACUACUUAAUGUAUAAUGAAUACAACUUUAAGUUCGAUUGAUUUUUUU